AUGACGAACCAACUGCCUCCACCUGAAAAAUUGGAUAUUGAGGGUGAUAGUUCUUCAGUCGGGUUGCGAUGGGAGAAGUGGAAACGGUCCCUUCGAAUUUAUCUUGAAGCCGCGGAUAUAACAACUCCAGUUAAAAAAAGAGCUACAUUGCUAGUCUUAGGUGGCGGUGCACUACAGGAAAUAUUUUAUAACUUGCCUGGAGCAAACGUAGGACCAGAACAUGACGCUGAUUUAUUUGAAGUAGCUAUUGAUAAAUUGAACGAUUACUUCCUGCCUAAACAAAACAAGAGUUUUGAAAGGCAUAUCUUUCGUCUCAUUAAACAAGAUGAAGGUGAAAGCUUUGAGAAGUUUCUUAUCAAACUGAGAGAUCAGGCCGCAAAAUGCAAGUUCGAAAAACCUGACGACCAUAUAAUUGACCAAAUACUAGAAAAAUGUUUAUCCAUGGAGUUGAGAAAAAAAAUGUUAACAAUGGGUGAUGGAAUUACAUUGGAUCAAGUGAUUACCGUUGCCAACACCUUAGAAAUUGUAAACUUUCAAUUGGAUAGUUACGAGCAAAAAGAAAAGACUAAAAAUGAAGUUAAUGCAGUAAGGAGUAGGAGCAGAGACAAUUUUGGAAGCACUAAAGAAGGAAAAGAGUAUAACCAAGAGAAAAGGACGUCAAAAUGUACUCGAUGUGGGAAUUUUGCCCAUGUCUCACAAUGUCUACCUUGUCCAGCAAAAGACAAAAAGUGUAACGGAUGUGGGAAAUUAGGCCAUUAUCAAAGAUGCUGUAGAACUAAAUCAUUUCAACAAAAACGUAAAUUUACACAAAAUCAGGAAAAGGACAAAUAUUUUAACAAGCGGCCACGCAAGGAUACUACAGUAAAUUCUCUGCAAAAUGACGAAACACAAUAUGUAUUCAACAUAAAUGACGAUCCAACAAUAAAAUGUCAAAUAGGGGGAGUCAACUUGGAGAUGUUAAUCGAUUCAGGGUGCAAGUUAAAUAUAAUAUCUUCCAAAACCUGGGAACACUUAAAGGAAAACGGAGUACAUUGUAGCAAACAGACGAAAAAACCAAACAAAAUACUACUAGCAUAUGGGAGCACGACACCCUUACAAAUACGAGGUUCUUUUGAAGCAGAGAUAAAAACACACGGAAAAAUAGAACGCGCCACUAUUUACGUCAUUGAAGGUGGAUCACGGAAUUUGCUAGGUAAAGACACUGCAUUGAGAUUGGGUGUUUUAAAACUAGGGAGCGACGUAAACCAUGUCGAACAAAAAACCAAUAAACCUUUCCCAAAAUUCAAAGACACACUAAUUGAGAUUCCUAUUGAUUCGUUGGUAAAAUCAGUUAUACAGCCCUAUCGGAGAAUACCGAUUCCAUUAGAGGAGAAGAUAAACAAUAAACUCAAAGAACUCCUGGAUUUAGACAUAAUAGAAGAGGUUCACGAACCAUCGUCAUGGGUGUCUCCUAUUGUACCAAUUAUAAAGGACAAUGGCGAUGUACGUCUAUGCGUUGAUAUGAGACGCGCCAACACAGCCAUUCUCAGAGAAAAUCAUCCAUUGCCGUGUAUGGAGAAUCUACUCCCAAAAAUAAAGAAGGCUUAA